AUGAGGCUGCGACAUGAGAUUCAGGAGAUGCAUGAAAAGAUCGAGAAUGAUAACAAUUUGGAGGAAGAGAUCGAGGCCGUGAAGGCAUUAAGUGAACACAUGAGCUGUGAAAACGCUGCCUUGCUGCAGGAACUCCAGGCUCUCAAAAAUAAAUCGGACAAAUUAAACAUCGCGCGAGUUAUAAAAUCUCUGAAGGCAGAGAAAAAAGUUCUCACGAACCAGAACAACACUCUGCAGAAAGAACUUCAGAAGCUGGAGAAAAAGUUCUCCAAAGAAGAAACUCUGGAGGAAAGAACCAACGAGUUGAAGUCAGAGAACGAAGCUGUGAGCCAAGAGAACAGCGCUCUGCAGCUUAAAGUUCAGGAGCUCGGUGACACACUCCGAGGUGAGAGCGUUUGGGCCAACACAUACGACUCCCUGAAAGUGGAAAAGAACACCUUGAACCGGCUGAAUAAAAACCUUCAUAAAGAACUAGAGAAGGUUACUAAAAAGGCGGACAAAGAAAAAGCUCUGGAGGGGAAGUGUACGGCGAUGAGGUUGAAGACAGAGAACAAACGCAGACAACAGGACUCCCUGACAGAACAAAUCAGCUCCCAGAUGUGA